CGAGGAGACAAUGGCGAAAGCAUGGGGAACCACGAGUUGCAGGUUUACAGCGGUGUCCAGUUCGCCUAGCGGUGCCCAGUUGUGGGCUUCUGGCACGAGAGCUGCGGCGAGGCGCUCGCGCGGGGAAGCGGUCGCCUCGGCAGAAUCCAAGCAGCGGCAGCAUGCGGCGGCGUUUGGGAGGGAAGCGGCCGGCGCAGCAACUAGGGCUUCUUCGAUCCGCGUCCGUGACUUAGGAGGCAUAUCCUUUCUGGAAGCUCCAAUUCACAAUGGGGUUGAUCCCAAGAUCCCGGACAAUAGGCCCACAGCUGCUCCAUCCAUGUCCAUUUUGGAAGAUACACGGCACCCCGGUAAGGAUUCUACGGUUCCUGACGGAAGGCCCACCCUUGCUCCGGGUAUCUCGAUUCUGGAAGACACAAAACACAACGGCAAAGAUCCUAAUGUUCCUGAUAAUAGACCCACAGACGUAUCCAUCUUAGGAGAUGCAGGUAAGGAUCCUAUGGUUCCUAGCAAAAGUCCCACGGUAUGACAGGUGGGCCCCCACACCCUUGCCGUGUGUUUGGAUCGUGUAAACCUGUAAAUUCUCGGGCUGCUGUGAAAGUUGUUGUCGCUAGAGCGGAUGAAUUUGGCAGGAACUUUUGAGUUUGAAUUCAAAUAAAAUAGUUCGGCAUAGUUUGUAAUUGU